AUGCGAACGAACCUCAGUCGCUUCACCGUCUCCUUUUCCGACUUAGCCUGGGAGUCGGUGCUUGGGGGUACAGAUGUGCCUAUGUUCCCGCAGGCAUGGCAAGUGGGCAGAUACCUGGAGACCUAUACGGAGCGGUACUUAUCUGACCAGGUGGUCAGGUUGGGGUGUGAGGUUGUGCAUGCGGUUCGGGAGGUGGUGGGAGGCCGGCCGCGAUGGACUGUGCAGUGGGUGCAGAGGAGUGAAAAUGAGGAGCAGGGAGAUGACACCGAGCAGCGCACAGUGGAAACUGAGUACUAUGAUUUCCUGGUUGUUGCUUCGGGGUACUUCUCUCGUCCGUAUACGCCGGACAUCCCUGGACUUGCUGCCCUCGCCGAGAGGACUAUCCACAGCUCCGCGCUUCGCAGCCUUGAAGAUUUGGAUGCGAUUGUUGAGAAGGGCUCUGAUGGAGGAAGAUUGAUUGUCAUAGGGGGAAGUAUGUCGGGCGUGGAGGCAGCUUCCUCUCUCGCCCUUCACGUUUCCUCAUUGAGGUAUGCGCCGGGGUCAUCCGUGCAAACGGAUAGUUUCCCCGAGGUCUACCACAUAUCUAGCCGGCCUUUCUGGACGGUGCCGACAUAUAUACCACACGCGCAGAAGGACAAUGGGACUGGCACAGAGACGGUAUCUCUGCUCCCGCUUGAUUUAGCUAUGUAUGAUUUGGCCCGGCGGCCACCAGGGCCAGUUGAGUAUGCCUUUGGCCCUGUCUCGGCAGCGCAGGUCGCCAAAGUGAACGAUUAUUUCCAAUCAAUUUUAGGAGAAGACUAUACGAACAUCGGCCCUGGAGAUAUUGGGUUUAAGGGUGGCGAAGAGGAGACACUGCAACCACGGUGGGUAGCUAUAGGGAAUGAUUACGCAGAGUUCGUCCGGUCAAAAGCAAUCAAAACUGUCAUCGGCCGUGUUUCAGCCGUGCAUGCUUCCUCACCUGGUCCGGCAAAAGUUGACAUUGAGCUACCUGGGAAAGAGAGCAUGUCGCUCGAUAAUGUUGCAGGGAUUGUCCUGGCUACGGGAUUUAGGCCGUUUCCUUCGCUCGCGUUUCUCCCAGAAGAUGUUCUCUCUGCAUUGGAGUAUUCCCCCGAUGACUCCUUCUUCCCGCUGAUCCUAGACCCAAAGGGUGCUUCUAAUGCCAAUAUCCCUGAUCUGGGUUUUGUCGGCUUCUAUAGAGGAUCGUACUGGGGCGUCAUGGAAAUGCAGGCCCGAAGUCUUGCGCAGACCUGGGCUGGAGACGACACAGAGCAUGGCAUUCAGUUUUCCGCGACAGAGCUGGAGAGCAAGGCACAAGAAAGACAGAAAGUUCGUGAAUACCGGAGUGCGGAUCCGAAUCUUCACCGAGGACAGUUCCCAAUGGGAGACUAUACCGGGCUGAUGGAGUCAUUCGCACGGGAUCUAGGUAUCUGCCGUGCUCCUUUGACGGAGCUCGAUGAACGACCUGGCCCUGUUGUUCCAGCACGAUAUGUCAUGUCUGGUCCAGGGACCGCCGAUAUCAGAACGAGUUUGCAGGCUCUGCAAGAGACUCUGCAACCUAGAAGGGAAAGUGCCAGUCCAGCAGUGGCCAUGGCGGUCUUUCGAGCGCUUCACGGCAGCUGGGACUUUACUCGAUCAGGACAAGAUGGUAUAUCAUCCGGCAUUUCUACGUUCUUCCCACGGUAUCCGUCCAGCCCCGCUUAUGAGAAAGAAUAUCUGUGCGAGGAGAGUGGCCAGAAGCUCUCAAGUUUUGCGUACCGGCUCACAGAUAGUCCCCAAGAUGCGCAGAUCACGGUAUGGUCUGUUGACUCUCGGGACAAGACUGUUGUUGCCCUCCUGCACGGUCUAAGGAUUUUGGAUCAGGAGGGUGCAAGCACGUCAAGACAGGGAGAGUACACUAUUCGCGCAACCAGCAGCCAGUGGAGCAGCAACCGCACGUAUGAAUACGUGUUUCGAUUCAAUGGUGUAGCCAUAUCAUCCUGGGAAUAUACUGUUCGCAGGCCACUGGACCACGGGUUUGUCUUGCAUAGAACGAUAUACAGACGUAUCCAAAAAUGCGACGGUCACUGA